AUGGAUGAGGACUCAAUUUACACUUGUCAUAGAACUCAUAGAUAUUCACAACCAGAAACCAAUCCAACCAACCGAUCCUCGCCCUCAUCAUCAUCAUCCGAAGAAAAUGAAAAAAGUUAUCAAAAAUCCAAACCAAAAGACAAACCAAGUUCAUUAAGAUUCAAACGAAAAUAUCAAAUAGAAGAAGGACCAUGGUAUAUGAAUUUAAAAAAUGUAUUAAAAAGACAAAAGAUUAGUCAAGAGAAAACUAAGAAAAGAAAUGAAAGAAAAAAAGAAUUAAGAAAGAUUAGGAAUGCGAAGAUUAAGGAAAACUUAUUGAAGAAGAAAAGAAAAUUGAAUGAAGAUGAAGUUGAUGAUUCAAUUCAUUCUAAUGAUGACGAAGAAGAAGAAGAACCAACAGAAAAGAAAGAAAAUCAAUCUGAUUCGAUACAUACUACUUCUCAACCAGCACCGAUACCUUCGACUUCUACUUCUAUUUCUGUUUCUGUUUCUGAGGGACAGAGAACAGAACCGAUUCCCGAACCAACACCAUUUCCAGAAGACCUAAACCAUCGUAAGCCAAUCGUUUCCAAAACCCUACCAAUCCAAAAUGUACUAACAAACCACACGACAUCCAACCCUCAAAAAGUAUUACCAUCUUCAUCAUUAUUAGUUUCAAUCCACGAAACCGCUUCGAGAUUUUACACGAAUCAAAACUUAAUGACUCCCAAACCGAUCAAAGCAGGUCGACCAUCUAAAAAGAAAUUAGAUCCAAAACUAAUGUUAAAAAGUUUACAUGGUUCUGCUUUAAUUGCCAUAGGUGUUUUGAUUGAAGAAAUCGCUAGAGAAGAGGUUUCUAAACUUGAUCAACCUAUGAUGGAUUGA